AAGUCUUUUCUGCAAUAUCUUCGUCUCGAUCAAGACCCCUCUCCCUCUCUCUCUCUCUCCUCGACGAUUUCACGAACGACGCAAUCCGAUUGGAGUAGAACAUUUAAUUGAGGGCAUAAUGGAUCGAGGAAGGAGAGCAAAUCAGGUACUAGUAAACAAAAACAGUAAGAUAUACAUGGACCUCAAGGACAUCGUUAGGGAUCAUGCCCUCCCAUAUCUUCCUGCUAAAUCACUUUUCAGGUUCACUGGAGUUUGUAGGGACUGGAAGCUCGACAUCCUAACUCCUUUCUUUGCCCACAAGCAGUCGAAUUGUUUUUCUGAUAUCUCGGGCUUCUUUUAUCAAUCCAGAGCAGACCCAUCUUCAUUCAUAUCUCUUGACCGCAAUGCAUAUGGUGUUCCAGACCCAUGUCUGAAGUUCUUGCCUGAGCCAGUUGACAUAAGGACUUCUUCCAAUGGUUUACUUUGCUGCCAGGGUCGUGAUGGCUACAAGGCUUAUUACAUAUGCAAUCCUGUUACUAAGAAGUGGAAACAACUUCCUAAGGCAAAUGCUGAUCAUGGAUCUGACCCUGCUAUUGUUCUCAUCUUUGAACCAUCGUUGCUGAACUUUGUGGCCGAGUACAAGCUCGUAUGUGCUUUUCCAUCCGUUGAUUUUGACAAUGGAUAUGAAUUUGAGAUUUAUUCCUCCAAGGAGGGGUCUUGGAGAGUUUCUGGUGAGAUUUACUUUGGCAAUAAAACUCUUGUGCCAAGAUCUGGUGUUCAUGUGAACGACAUAGUUUAUUGGCAGGCAAUGGGUUCUCAGAUUCUUGUUUUUGACCUGAAGAUGGAGCGCACACAACUCCUCUAUGGCGAUUUUUACGGCACAGGAGGAUGUGCGGCCCUGGGUCUGAUGGAUGGAAAGCUUUGUUUGACAAAGGCUCAGUCUUCUGGAUUAACUGUGAAUGUAUUGUCUAACGCAUACACAAACACAAUGGAGAUGAACAGCAAGGCCAGGACAUGGAAAACAAAACAUCAGAUCACUCUAUCACCUUCACCCUUCGCUCCGGCUGCUGAUCGCUUGUCAAGUAACAUAAUGUUUGCCAGUGGAAAUGUGGUCUUGUUUCGCAGUGGCGGAAAAAUCUAUUCGUACAACCUGAAGACUAAAGAAACUCAAUGUGUGGGUGAUGAAUUUGAUUACGAUGCGAGGAUUGUCUCGCAUGUGAACAGUCUUGUGGAGAUCUAGCUGGCCUCUCUUGUGCCUUAUUUUGCAGUUGUGCAACCAUGUAGAAAAUAACACUGGGUAGUUUUUAUUAGAUGGUUGUGUUUUGAACUAAUUAGUAAAGUUUCUCCAUUUAUGCUUUGCUUAGAGCUUGUGUACAUGGCCAUCGAAUUGUCCAUGAGUCAACAGUCAACCGCUUAUUUCUUCUUAUUGGCUUCCUUUGUAGACCUGCAGCUUUACCACAUAUGAUAUUAUUGGGUUUAUAAGUA